GUGGGGCAGAAGUGUUUGAAAUCAAGAACACUGCCGGCAACUGUGGCUGGCCAUGGAUCUGCAUUGUGUGAUUCGGAGGAUGAACAACCUUCAAGUGGUUCGGAGAUGUUGGAUAAAAUGACUUCGGAUUCAAAAGAAGAUGAAAAUGGGAAUUUCAACGGUGAAUUGUUUGAUUCGCCUGAACCAGCAUCAAAGAAACAAUCUGUGGAGGAGAUGAAAAGCCCUUCUGGAGAAAGCGACUUGUAUUUAGGUGAAAACUGCUUAAGACCUCGACAAAUAUCUUUUCGGUCAUCUGAGAAUGAAGAUUUUAAUGAAAAGUCUACUUUGAUUGGAAAACCUGAUGCUUUGGAUGAGAAAAAGGAAGUGGCAAAGACAGAGACUACUUUCGGGAACAAUGGUUUGGAUAUGUUCAGUGAAAAGUGCUUAAGAUCUCGAAAAAUACCAUUCUUCGUUGUUGGGGGUCAAAAUGAAACAAAAUCUUCUUCGACUGAAUCGCCUGUUUUGGGGGAUAAACAGUUACCAACAAGGAGUAAGACUUCUGCUUUGUCCGCGAAGAAGGAGAAGAAUGGAAGGAAAAGCACAUCGAUCUUUAUCGGCGAGCCAGUUCCUGAUGAGGAAGCUCGAGAAAGGUGGCGUUGGCGUUAUGAAUUAAAGAGUCAAAGAUCUAAAGGUCAAAGCUGGAUAUUAAAUGCUGAUGAAGAGGAUGAAACAAUUUUAAAUGUGGAAUGCCAUUACACUCAGGCCAAUGUUGAUGGUUCUAUCUUCAGUCUUGAUGAUUGUGCCUAUAUAAGGGGUAACGAAGGACAGAAACAUGUCGGUAGGAUCUUAGAAUUUUUCAAAACAAUGGAGGGAGAAGAUUAUUUUAGAGUCCAGUGGUUCUUCAGGGCUGAAGAUACGGUUAUAAAAGAGGCAGCGGCUUUCCAUGACAAAAAACGUUUAUUCUACUCCACUUUAAUGAAUGACAAUCUAUUAGAUUGCAUUAUUUCAAAAGUCCAUGUUGGAUUAAAGACCAACUCUAUUGCGCCACUGGACUUUUAUUAUGAUAUGGAGUAUUGUGUGGAAUAUUCAACAUUUCGCAACUUGCUGACUGAUGACUCUGUAAAAAGCCAUGAUUUAUCCUCAGCUAAUUAUAAUGACACUCUCCAUUCAACGGUUACUAUGACUCCAUUGGAAGAUUUGUCCAGUUCUGAACCUUGUAAAGCCGCCCUGACAUUGCUUGACCUUUACUCUGGAUGUGGUGGAAUGUCAACUGGAUUGUGCCUUGGCUCCAGACUUUCUAGUGUUAAUAUUAUGAUGAAAUGGGCAGUUGAUUUUGAUAGAUCUGCAUGUGAUAGCUUGAAACUGAAUCAUCCAGAGGCACAAGUUAGAAAUGAAGCUGCUGAGGAUUUUCUGGAAUUAUUGAAGAAAUGGGAAAAGCUAUGCAAAUGGUACGUCUUCGAUGAUUUAGACAGAAAGCUUCAAUCUAGAUCAGAUGAUGUGGAAGAAGCCAAAACCAAUAUAGAUACCCCACUGGAUGCUAAGAUUCCUGCUGGAGAAUAUGAAGUUUCACACCUAGUUGAUAUUUGUUAUGGUGAUCCCAACAAAACCGGCAAGCGUGGGCUAAAAUUUAAGGUGCGGUGGAAGGGAUGGGAUUCAAAUGAAGACACAUGGGAGCCAAUUGAAGGGUUGAGUAAUUGCGAAGAACGGAUACGGGAUUUUGUUAGGAGUGGAAUGAAAUAUAAAAUCUUGCCACUUCCAGCUGAUGUUGAUGUUAUUUGUGGUGGCCCUCCAUGCCAAGGCAUCAGUGGCUUUAAUCGCUUUAGAAAUAUUGAUGACCCGUUGGCUGAUGAAAGAAAUCGUCAAAUAAUUGUCUUCAUGGACAUAGUGAAAUUCUUGAAGCCCAAGUAUGUAUUGAUGGAAAAUGUGUCUGACAUCUUAAGGUUUGACAAAGCUUCUCUUGGAAGAUAUGCAUUAAGUCGUUUGGUGCAUAUGAGAUACCAAGCAAGGCUUGGAACUAUUGCUGCCGGGUGUUAUGGUCUUCCACAAUUUCGCUUGCGUGUUUUUCUGUGGGGCGCUCUUGCUACUGAGAAAUUGCCCCAGUUUCCCCUUCCUAUAUAUGAUGUUGUUGUCAGAUAUUGGCCCCCGCCUGAGUUUGAGCGAAAUACUGUUGCUUAUGAUGAAGGUCAACCUCGGGACCUUAAAGAGCCUGUCAUUCUUCGGGAUGCCAUCUCUGAUCUUCCAGCUGUCACAAACUAUGAAGUCCGUGAUCAGAUGAUGUACGAAAGGCCUCCUGAAACAGAGUUUCAAAAAUAUAUGAGGUUAACUAAAUACGAGCUGAUGGGUUUUGCUUCAAGUGAAGUUGCAAAAUCAGAAAGUUCUGUGCUGUAUGAUCAUCGGCCUUAUCAAUUAUUCGAGGAUGAUUACUUACGUGUUUGUCAAAUUCCACACAGAAAGGGAGCAAAUUUCAGGGACCUUCCUGGAGUAGUUGUGGGAGUUGACAAUGUCGCUCAUCGUGAUCCCAAAAAAGAGUCAAUUAUACUACCAUCUGGAAAGCCUUUGGUACCAGAUUACGCCUUCACUUUUGAACAAGGAAAGUCUAAAAGGCCAUUUGCAAGAUUAUGGUGGGAUGAGACAGUGGCAACAGUAGUAACUUUCCCCAAUUGUCACAACCAGGCAGCAUUACAUCCAGAGCAGGAUCGAAUUCUCACCAUCCGGGAGUAUGCAAGAUUGCAAGGGUUUCCAGAUUUUUAUAGGUUUUGUGGAAGUGUAAGAGAAAGGUACUGUCAGAUUGGUAAUGCUGUUGCUGUUCCUGUAUCACGAGCCUUGGGAUUUUCCCUUGGGAUGGCCUUUCGCAAGCUGAGCGGAGAUGAACCACUCGUGACCCUACCAUCUAAUUUCUCAUUCCAACCACCACCAGCUGAUGAAAUUGUUGCCUCGGCAAACUGAUGGUAUUUAUCAGUGCUGUGCAUACCUUCCAAUUAUCUCAUGUGACUUAGAGAACAUCUACCUGAUUGUUGACCCAUGUUCCCAUCCUCAAAUUUUGAAACUGCUCAGUUAGAAGUCUAACCUUGUGCCAGGAUCUCCGGGCCAAGGGGACAGUCUCAUGCAAACAUCAUGAUGGCAGCGUUCAUCUUGAGCCAGGAUCAAACUCUUGCUGAGAAAGCUAAUUCGGAUUCCUUAUUCCUUGUGUCAUUAAUUAAGCUUCUGUGUUCGUAGGCAAAGUGGAUUCGGAUAUGUCUUUCAUUUCAAGUAAGUGCAACCCCAACCUCGCAAGUUGUUCCAUGAACAUGCUUCAAUGCUUGGGGUUUGUCAAGUGCAUUACCAAGCAAAUUAAGAUUAUCUAAGCGGAAACUAGUGGAAAAGGGCAACCAUGACGAGGCAUUUUUUCAACAAAAAUACAUUUUCACGAGAAGUUUAUCCGGCUGAGUGUACACUAAAUUCUGUAGGCUUUACAUUACCCAUUUGCCCAAUCAAGGGCGGAUGUAGCUCUCCGGGCUGCAGUGGCAGCUUGUGCUGCAUAUUUUGAUGUCCCGUGGGUUGAUACUUGAUAGGCUGUCUAUUUAAUGAAUACGGUAAUUUCUGCAAAAAAGUCAUUAAGCUUAUCAGUUUACGUGUAGAGAAUGGACCAUGGUCUGCACUGGGAGAAAAUACUGGGUGUAACGAUGACACCAUGUCCUCCAAUAAUAAAUUUACAAAUGGAUAAGGUGAAUGUCACUUGAG